AUGGAGGCGUUGAUUUUUCCCGCUAUGCAUCUCAAUCCUCAGCUCAGUCGGCCAAGCUUUCUUAACCGCUCAAGUGAUGGGGUAAUCGGCAAACUCAAUUUAGUGAUCUCCGGAAAAAUUGGGCCACCGGCAAACUCUCUACUUUGUUCAUACGGUCCGACUUCACGACAGCGUUCGACCACAUCACGCCACGUGGCGAGAGAAGAUUCUGGUGGGUCUCUUAGUGGUGAAAGCAUCCUUCUGAACGAGCAAACCCUCGAGCGGGAGCUCCAGGUGGCAAUUGACCAAGAAAAUUAUACUCAGGCAGCAAAAAUCAGGGACAGUCUCAAAAUACUCCAGGAGGACAGCAAAACCUCGGUUCUUGCAGCAAAUGCUAGGUUUUACAAUUCCUUCCGGAAGGGUGACCUGGCGGCAUUGCAGGCCAUCUGGUCCAAGGGCCCACACGCUUGCGUGGUCCACCCGGGCGUGAGUGGAAUAUCGGGCUACGAUCUUGUAAUGGGUAGUUGGGAGUUUGUGUGGGCCGAUUACGAGUUUCCAUUGGAAAUCGAGAUUAAAGAUGUGGAAGUUCAUGUAAAGGGAGAUAUGGGAUUUGUCACGUGUAUCGAGAUGGUUCGGACGAAAGGGAGCGGUUGGGGAAGGCAUUUCGCGACGAAUAUUUUCGAGAGGGUCGAUGAUCGGUGGCUCAUUUGUGUUCACCACGCCUCGUACGUUGAUCUGUGA